AUGAGCAUCCAACUACCUCCCCCAACACACCGCCAGCGCGUCCUGCCGCAAGGCGAACUUGAAGCCGCGUCGACCCUGAAGCUGGGAGCGGACCAACACACGCACACACUCUCCCUAUCCGAAGCCCGACUAGUCAUUCACAAGGUGUUGGAGAACAAGCGACGCGGUGGAAAUAAAUACGAGGAGCCGGAGAAUCUGACCAAGACUCUGGACUACUUGGAUGUGUUUGCCCGAUUCAAGGAUGAAGAGAACAUUAAGGCCGUGGAGCGAUUGUUGAACUCGCAUACGGAGCUGGAGAUGUUUGAGCGGUCACAGCUGGGAAGUCUGUGCUGUGAUAAUGCGGAGGAAGCCAAGUCCCUGAUCCCCAGUCUUCAGAACAAGAUCUCGGAUGCGGACUUGCAAGAGUUGCUGGAUGAGUUGACCAAGUUGCGCAACUUUACUGAGUAA